UCCUGGUGUUUCACUCUGCAGAUUUGCCAGUAUGCUUUGAUUCUCAAUAAAGUGACCGGCUCUGUCAGGCUCACUGUUUGACCCCUGAAUCGGUCUCAAUAUUUACAUUUACAAACAAGUAGUGACAUAUAUGAAGCACAGAUCAAUGAAAGUUGAAAUUUAACAGCCUGCUGAGCAACUGCCAGUAUUUUGCAAAUGAGAAUUCUGCCAUUGCACAUUUAGUGUGUAUGUCGCUCUCUCUUUUUAGACAGGAUAGCAGGUCUCCCAUCUUCAUUUUGUCAAGGCUGGCUGUUCAUGGACAUGGACCUUCAUCUACUAUCACUCCUGUUGUUCUGUGUCUGCAGACCAGGACUAACUCAGAAUGGAGAGGUGUCAAAUGAUGCUCCAAUCCCUCUGGUUCCUCUCAUCCCAUUGAUGCCCAGCCACCCUAAAGAGGAAUCAGGGACUUCAGCCCCUAGUACACAGGAGCCUCCAAACACAAGUCCCACCUCAUAUACGUGCACCCCUCCUCCCCUCGUGACGACCAGUGCCCCGGACGGGAGCUCGUCUGAGGAGGAUAAUCAGCAGCAGGAUGGGGGUUGUAGGGCCCAGGCCCGCAGGCCAAAAUCCAGGCAGGCCUUAGCUGGUGCCAUCCAGAGGCUGGGCAUGAAGCUCUUGGGCCAGAUGAAGACAGGACCUGAGCAGCCCAAUGUCAUCAUAUCCCCCCUCAGCAUAUCCCUGGCACUCUCCCAGCUGGCUCUGGGAGCCAUGAAUGAGACAGAGGAGCUGUUGAUGCACCAUCUUCAUGGUGACACUCUGCCCUGCUACCACAUGUCUCUACACAACUUCCUGGAACGCCUCCGCAAGAGCGACCUGCAAGUGGCUACACGCCUCUACCUGCAACCAGGGUUUGAGCCCAAACCAGAGUUUGUUCAUCAGUCUCAGGAUGCAUAUGACUCAGAGCCAGUGACCUUGGAAGGACUGGCUGAGGUCAACGAGUGGGUAGAGAAGGCCACUAAUGGAAAAGUGACCGACUUCCUGACCAGUCUGCCACCCAAUCUGCUUCUCAUGCUCAUCAAUGCUGUUCACUUCAAAGGAGAAUGGAAGGCUCGCUUCGACCCACGAUUUACCUCCAAAGAUGUCUUCUACGUUGACGACAAGCACAUGGUCAAUGUUGACAUGAUGAUGGGGCCCAAAUACCCCUUGAGUCUGCUCAUUGAUAAUGAUCUGGAGGCUCAGGUGGCUCGUUUCCCCUUCAAGAAUCAGAUGAGCCUGCUGAUAGUGAUGCCCAUGAAUGGCCAGGUGAACGUGUCAGCCCUCACAGCAAAGCUCAACAUCUCUGACCUGUACAACCGCCUGCCCAGAGAGAGAUCCAUGCAGGUCAAGCUGCCCAAAUUUAAACUGGACUACAGCCAGGACCUGCAGGAGGCUCUGACCAACAUUGGUAUGGGGGAAUUGUUUGCUAGUCCCAACCUGGCUGCCAUAGCUGAGGGCCCUCUGCUGGUAUCCAGUGUACAGCACAAGUCCAGUAUGGAGAUCUCUGAGGAGGGAGCAGAGGCUGCUGCAGCUACCAGCCUGGUCAUCUCACGGUCCAACCCCUCUUUUACUCUCAACCAGCCAUUCUUCUUUGCCCUCAUGGACGAUAAGACACAAGCACCAGUCUUCCUGGGCGUCAUCACCAACCCUAACCCUGGAGCUCCUGCUAUGCAGAAUAGUGGAGAGUCUGCCAACCUAGAUAAAGUACACUACCCCAUUGAUGACAAGAAUGACAAGGAUGACAAGAAUGACAAGAAUGACAAGCGUUAUAGUCACUCUUUUGGUGGGCCACCCAAGUAAGCCGAAACCUCAUUCAAUGAGGGGAGAUUAAGACCAUUAUCUAUUGACCUUGAACUGUACUGCUGUCUGUCAGAGAGGAAGCAAAUCCAGAUGAUCAACUCAGAUGCAUGACAACAGCCCAAGGUAUUCAAAUGGUCAGCUGGAUUCAGAUGUAACCAUUUUUCUAAAUGUGAAACUUUUUUUUUUUAUAAUACAAAUACUUUCUUAUUUUUUCUUUAUUUUUAUUUUAAAUACACAACACACUGAAGUGCCCCACAUUCUCUAAUGAAGUUUAUUGCUGAUUAAAAAUACUAGUAUUUCUAUCUGAUGUUUUGGAUUAAAUGUAUCAUGAAAAUGCAAUGUUGUGUAUUAGGCUACAUGAUAAGACAUUAAACAUGUCAAAAUCC